UCUCCUCUGUGGCGAUGGCGUCGCCUCGUCCGCCGCUCACCAGUUAUAACAGCCAGGGCAGGGGUUCCUCCUCCUUUGGCACGCGCGGAAUCCCCUAACGUCCCCCCAUGGCCAUGGCUUCCCGUUUCUCCCCCGUUUGCCUUCCGUCCCCCUCCUCCCUUUUCCGGCCCGAUCGUCACGGCUCCACCUCCAUGCCGCCACCGUUGGCUUCCACGCCCCACGAUUUUGCUGGUGCAUGUUCUAUGAUAUACCGGCACAAGCAAAGGUUUGUAAGGACAAUCCGAGAGGCCAGUGUUGCUGCAGCUCCAACUGUGGAGGAAACUAAAGAGUAUACACUUCCUACUUGGGCUGAAUUUGAACUGGGGAUGGCUCCUGUCUUCUGGAAAACCAUGAAUGGUCUUCCUCCAACAUCUGGAGAAAAUUUGACACUCUUCUAUAAUCCUGUUGCGAGCAACCUCGUCCCUAAUAACGAAUAUGGGGUUGCAUUUAAUGGUGGUUUUAAUCAGCCCAUUAUGUGUGGUGGUGAGCCAAGAGUAAUGACAAAGAGAAAUAGGGGGAAGGCUGAUCCUCCCAUCUUUAGUAUAAAAAUACGUGUACCGAAGCAUGCCGUUAACCUAAUUUUUUCAUUCACAAAUGGAGCUGAAUGGGAUGGCCCAUACAGGCUAAAGUUUCAGACUAUGAAGAUGUGGCGGAACAAACCACUAAGCUUUUUUAAUGAGGGUCUGGCUCAAGAGCUCAGUGUAGAAGGAGCUUGCGAGAGAGCCAUCUUUCCUGAUGCAAACAAUUUUGUGGCAAGCUGUGCAAUUGGCAACAUUUACACCGAAGGAGGAAAUAGCUGCAAGCUGAAUCUUGUACAAGGAUGCAUGGAUCCAGACUCUCCAUUAUAUAAUCCAUUAGCAGAUGUAGAUGAUGGGUCUUGUCCUUUGGACUCGGAUUCCGAAGAAGAACAGUGUGCUUCGCCAUUGUAAUGAAGGAUCUCAGGUAUGGCUGCCAGAUCUUAUUCUAGCAUGCUUAUAAACACAUUGACAUGUAAUAUGCUUGGUUGAUGUAGACUGUAUUAUCCAUAUACUUUCUACAUAAUCCUCUUACUGUUUAGUGUACAGCAUAUUUGCCAAUCGCAAGCAUUUGUUGCUUUCUGUAUCCAUCUUGAUGGGGGCAUUGGUUCUGUGUUACAAUAUAAAGUUGCUAUUCUGCUUCCA